CGCCUACCCAGUAUGCACUUCGAUUCCUUUUUACGACGUAGUUUGGCAAGUUCGACGACGUGAUGAAUAAAUAUGUAGCUAGAUAAGCGCUUUGCCGACGUAAAGUUAAGCGUUAUAGUUACAUUUUAAAUUAUAGCUUAAUUUUGGAAGUCAUAGCGAGGUGACGAAAAUUAUGGAGACUGGCACGGAUUUAAGGAAGUGUAUACGGGCUACAAUAAAGAGAAAACUACAGGAACUUGGCCCUAAUGUUGACGAAGAGCUUACUGAUUACAUCAUGGUUUUGGUGGCCAACAAGAAGGAUGUCCACCAGAUGGCAGAAGACCUUUCUCUGUUCCUUGGCCGCGACUCUGUCAAGUUCACUCAUUGGCUACAUGGAGUCUUAGAAAAACUUUAUUCAGUGGCUAUUGAGCCAGGUUUGUUGAGACCCCAUUACCUCCAGGCAGAUUCCAGUUUUUCCACUGGAAAUGGACAGGAGCUGGGCCAGGCCGACAGGAGAAGGGAAGAGCUGCAGGCCCCCUCCCUAUCCAGCAUGUACUUCAACAGUAUGGAUGCCCAGCUCAGGAAGAGCUUCACAGAGAAGGGCCUGCCUGCACUUGAGCCUCCGAUGGAGCGUCUGUACCGCCAUUUCGGCUCUCACAUUGAGCCAGAGGCAGACAAGGACUUUGCUGCUGACUUCACGGGCAGGCCUGACCUGAGGCCGGGAGUCCCGGUCCCCUGUGCUUUGGACUGGCGCUCACAGGGUUCAGGACACCAGGGCAGCCCCUGUCAGGUCCCAGACUGUAUCCACGGCUACGGAGCUUCUGAAGUGCUCCGGGGGGUAGAUCGACCGCGGCACGGCUACAGAAGGCUGCGGGAUGGCUGCCCUACCGGGGAGAAGGUCUCCAGAGCGAGAAAGGACAGGGGUGCCAGAGAGGAAGUGAUGCCCAGGAGGAGGGAGCUCCGAAUGUUGGGCUCCAUGGAGUACCUGCAGAGCAACACAGAGUCUGAGAUGGGAGGACCCAAUGAUGCCCAUGACUUCAUCCCAAGGAAGCCACCAGUAGGAGGCUCAAUCAGAAGCAAAUUAUCCACAAGAGUGGGGGAGGAAGUCCUGGUCUCCCCCCAACGAAUAGUCCAGUGCAGGUUGGAUGAGAGAGACUCUCUGAGUCUCAGUCCCAGGUUCAUUGUGACACUAGAAGGGGCUCCCAGUCCUCUGAGGAACUUAAAGGAUGAUGGGGGAGGAGGUGAGAGGGAGUUAUACUGCUCUGACGAGGAGAACGGUUCAGUGGGAGUGAAACGGCGGAAGGUUCUAGAGCGCUGCAGGUUCUGGCCUGCGUGUGAGAGCAGGGACAAGUGCUCGUACCACCACCCCACUACGCAGUGCAAAACCUUCCCUCACUGCAGUUUUGGGGACAAAUGUCUCUUCAUUCACCCAAACUGCAAGUACAAUGGUCAGUGCACCAGAGUGGAUUGCCCCUACACACACAACAGUAAGAGAAGUGUCACCUCUUCAUCCAAGCUGGACGCAAAGAUGCCUCCUGACUUGUGUCACUUCUUCCCAGAGUGCAAGAAGAUGGACUGCCCAUUUUAUCACCCAAAACCUUGCCGGUUUGCAACCAGGUGUAAACGGGCCGACUGUUACUUUUACCAUCCGCCUGUGCUACCAGGAUACACGUCACAAAACAGUUAAAUGGCUGAACUGGACAAAAAUGUGAAUAUGGCUAGCUCUUUUUUCUUUUUGACUGGAAUAAAUAUUUUCAACGCUUUUUAUUAAUGUUUUUUCUCUCCAAAAUGGAAUGGCCAAUCGUGCCCACAUCACAUGAUUGGCCAUUCAAAAUGCGCUCUCCUUCGAAGCACAUGAUGUCAGCUGCCACGUCUUAUCACAGCGCUUUUCGAAAGUCAGGCUUGCUCAGACAUCAAGUCGGAGGAAGACUGCAAACUUUUGAGCACCAGAUCAACCAGCAGGGACUGCUUUUGCACAAUGAGACUUAUGCGCGGGCUGAAACCCUCCCAUCCCUGGUCAAGGCUGCCGCUAACAGCUGUCACUGGUGGAGUCCAGAUUUAAUGCAGAAUAUGGAGCCCAUCCAUGCACUGAUGACCACAACAUCUGAAGAGGAUGAGCCACCCACCAGCCAGAUAUCUUACAGACAUUUGUAUGUUCAUAACCAUAUGACAGAAUGUAUUAAGUGUACAAUACUGUAUGUACACUGGUAUUAUUUUUAAAAUCAGCUUUAUGUACUCCACAAUGAAGAAUAAAGACUAGAAAUCAAAGUUUCCUCUUUUUUUAUUAAAGAUUGAUUUAGGAAACAUUUCACAAAAAUAUACAAAAGAAUGUCUUUACAAAUGAUAUGUACAUUGAUCUCAGGAAAAUUAAAAUUGAACACAUUAACUUGUAUACAUAAUUGCAAAAUAAAGAACUUUUGCACUUUUUCAA